UUAACUUGUCCCUUAAGUUGACCCUAACGAAGGCAAGAAAAGCUUCAGCAAGUCCGCAGCAGCUAAAGCAAAUCCAAGGAAUAGAAGAAAAUGGCGAGAUACGACAGAGCGAUAACGGUGUUCUCGCCGGACGGUCAUUUGUUCCAAGUGGAAUAUGCCCUCGAAGCCGUCCGUAAAGGUAACGCUGCUGUCGGUGUCCGCGGCACCGAUAUCGUCGUCCUCGGCGUCGAGAAAAAAUCCACCGCCAAGCUCCAGGACUCCAGAUCGGUUAGGAAGAUCGUGAAUUUGGAUGACCACAUUGCAUUGGCAUGUGCUGGACUUAAAGCAGAUGCUCGCGUCCUCAUAAAUAGGGCUCGAAUUGAAUGUCAAAGCCACAGGCUGACUGUUGAAGAUCCUGUUACUGUCGAGUAUAUUACUCGAUAUAUUGCAGGUCUUCAGCAGAAGUACACUCAAAGUGGAGGUGUUAGGCCAUUUGGUCUCUCAACUCUGAUUGUGGGCUUUGAUCCGUAUAGCGGUGUACCAUCACUAUAUCAGACAGAUCCAUCAGGGACAUUUUCCGCUUGGAAAGCUAAUGCAACUGGGAGAAACUCUAACUCAAUACGAGAGUUUCUGGAGAAGAACUAUAAGGAAACCUCUGGACAAGAAACCAUUAAGCUUGCAAUUCGGGCAUUGCUUGAGGUUGUUGAGAGUGGGGGAAAGAACAUUGAAGUUGCUGUGAUGACUAAGGAGCAUGGUCUACGGCAGCUUGAUGAAGCUGAAAUUGAUGCCAUUGCUGCUGAGAUUGAAGCAGAGAAGCAAGCUGCUGAAGCUGCAAAGAAGGCCCCUCCAAAGGAAACAUGAAGCAUCAACCGUGGACUUCUUUUUACUUUUCUCUCCUUUUUCCUUUUUAGGGGGUGAGUGAUUGUCUGGGGUCUUUCAGUAGUCGACUAUUGAUGUAUUCAGCCUCAAACUUGCAUUGCACCCGUUGGACCUUCAUAAUACACAUCAUGGAUUUACUUACCAUCGUUGACAUUGUCA